ACAUUCAUCUAAACCCGGUUUUAAUUCAUCAGAAGAGAUGGCUGGGAUACCACCAGAUUCUUGGCAACCACCCACUGUAUUGGUGGAAACAACAAUGGGAACUAUCAUGCUGGAACUGUACUGGAAUCACGCACCAAAAACGUGCAAGAAUUUCGCAGAGUUGGGCAGAAGAGGAUAUUACAACAACACAAAGUUCCAUCGCAUCAUCAUUGACUUCAUGGUUCAAGGAGGCGAUCCAACAGCAACAGGUCAUGGAGGUGCAUCUAUAUAUGGCAAGCAGUUUGAGGAUGAAAUGCAUCCAGAGUUGAGGUUCACUGGUGCUGGAAUUCUUGCAAUGGCCAGUGCGGGACCAGAUACAAAAGGAAGCCAAUUCUUCCUAACAUUGGCUUCCACACAGUGGCUGGAUGGGAAACACAAUAUUUUUGGACGGGUCUGUCAGGGCAUUGGAGUUCUUAAUCGAAUUGGCAUGGUUGAAACCAAUAGUCAGGACCGGCCUGUAGAUGACAUUAAAAUUCUCAGAGUGACUUUACCUAACUAA